GGCCGGCCUCUGGCUACUUCUUCCUCCGCAUGUGGCUGGCGGCCGCGGGGCAGCAGCGUUUGAGUUCGCUCGCUCUUCGCUACCUCGUCUUCUCUGGGCUCUCCGUGCCUCGCUGGAGUCAUGUCGGUCGCCGAGACCAACCCGACUGCAUCUUCCCUGCCCAACGGCGACUGCGGCCGCGCCAGGACGCCGCAGGGAGGGAACCGGGUCACUGUGGUGCUGGGCGCGCAGUGGGGCGACGAAGGCAAGGGGAAGGUGGUGGAUCUGCUGGCUCAGGACGCCGACAUCGUGUGCCGCUGCCAGGGAGGAAAUAAUGCUGGUCAUACAGUUGUUGUAGAUUCUGUGGAAUAUGAUUUUCAUCUUCUGCCCAGUGGAAUAAUUAACCCGAAUGUCACUGCAUUCAUUGGAAAUGGUGUGGUAAUUCACCUACCUGGGUUGUUUGAAGAAGCAGAAAAAAACGUUCAAAAAGGAAAAGGUCUAGAAGGCUGGGAAAAAAGGCUCAUUAUAUCUGACAGAGCUCACAUUGUAUUUGAUUUUCAUCAAGCAGCUGAUGGUAUCCAGGAACAACAGAGACAAGAACAGGCAGGAAAAAACUUGGGUACCACAAAAAAGGGCAUUGGCCCAGUUUACUCUUCCAAAGCUGCUCGGAGUGGACUUCGGAUGUGUGAUCUUGUUUCUGACUUUGAUGGCUUCUCUGAGAGGUUCAAAGUUCUAGCUAAUCAAUACAAAUCUAUAUACCCUACUUUGGAAAUAGACAUUGAAGGUGAAUUACAAAAACUCAAGGGUUAUAUGGAAAGGAUUAAACCAAUGGUGAAAGAUGGAGUUUACUUCCUGUAUGAGGCUCUCCAUGGACCACCAAAGAAAAUCUUGGUAGAAGGAGCAAAUGCAGCUUUAUUGGAUAUUGAUUUUGGGACUUACCCUUUUGUAACCUCCUCGAACUGUACUGUUGGAGGUGUCUGCACAGGUCUGGGCAUGCCCCCUCAAAACGUUGGAGAAGUGUACGGAGUUGUGAAAGCAUACACCACUAGGGUUGGCAUCGGUGCCUUUCCGACAGAGCAAAACAAUGAAAUUGGAGAAUUAUUACAAACAAGGGGUAGAGAAUACGGGGUAACUACUGGAAGGAAAAGGAGGUGUGGCUGGCUGGACCUUGUUUCACUCAGAUAUGCUCAUAUGAUCAAUGGAUUUACUGCGUUGGCACUUACCAAGUUGGAUAUUUUGGACAUGUUUACAGAAAUCAAAGUUGGUGUUGCCUACAAGUUAGAUGGUGAAGUCAUACCUCAUUUCCCAGCAAACCAAGAAGUCUUAAAUAAAGUUGAAGUCCAGUACAAGACACUCCCAGGAUGGAAUACAGACAUAUCGUCUGCGAGGACGUUUAAAGAGUUGCCUGUGAAUGCACAAAAUUAUGUUCGAUUCAUUGAAGAUGAGCUUCAAGUUCCAGUUAAAUGGAUCGGUGUAGGUAAAUCCAGAGAAUCCAUGAUUCAGCUCUUUUAAGGACUGCCGUCAAGACGAGCAACACUCCGUGGUGGGGAGGAGGGAAAAGACUUCCUGAAAGAUUUCUUUAUGACCUGCAAGUUGAGAAAUACAGACAGUGCAUCCCGUUGAAGGCCCGCAGGUGUCCUGGGGAGAGCUGGACGCCAGUGCAGAGGCGGCCCGUGCGCGCCCCCAGCGGGCUCCUCAGCGGGUACCUGGGCGGGCGGUGGCGGCGGCGGCGGCGGCGCGAUUGGUUCUUGCUCCUGCUGCUCAUGGUGCCAUGUUUUCUUUCAGUGUUUAGUAAUAGCGUAAUCCCUGUUGUUUGAAAUCCAAAGUAGUUACUUUUGAUGCCGUUUUUCUUCAUUAUUGUCAUUGUGUGUGUUUUUCCCCUAUUGUUAGAUGGUAAGAAAACUGAAUGCAGUUUUGCACAAAUAUUUUUACAUUCUGAUCAAUUCUCAUUGUAAUAUUUGCUGUUAAAAAAAGAACAAUGAAAAGAUAGGGGUUCUAUAAACUUUGUAAAGUUAUAAAUUCUGCUUAAAUUGGGAAUUACUUUCUGCUGAGGCCAUUACAAAAUUGAGCAUUGUUGCAGGGUAGGUGGGCUGGAGUGGAGCAGUAUGUACUUGUGUGUCCUUUCAUUUCACAGACUUACUCUGUAUAAAUUAUUUAAUACCUUAAACAUUUAAUUAAAUGUUCAAAAAUAAGAGAUGGUCCCCUAAAUAAUCUUAAUGUUUAAAACAAUUAUUAAAAAAUCCAUUGUGAUAUUUGAUGGAUAUUUUUCUUCAGCUUCAGACAUAACCUGCAAUGUAUAUCUUUCCUUUUUAAAAUUUGUAUUAUACCAUUGUUAGUGUAAUGGAUUGAUUUUUCCACAGUGCCUGCCGAUAUAUCUACAAAAUCUCCUGUCAGUGUCCAAAUGAACCCAAGUUGCUGGCCAUAAUUUUGAUCAUGCCUUUUCUCCUUUCUUGAACAAAAAGGUGUAAUUUUGACAAUAAGGCUUAACAUACCGUGUUGUAGAGUACUGUUGAACUAUUAUGUUUAGGUGCCACUUAAAUUUAUUUUAUUAUACCACCAAUAGCUGAUUAAAAAGAACCAAAUAUUUCUAGUA